UUACAGCACUGUGCAUCAUGGAUUUUUCCUUCUUAUUUGUAAUAAGUGUGGUUGUUUUCAUAUUGGAGCAACAAGUCCCAGGGUCGCGUGCCAACAUUAGUCCAACUGUGAAUGUUCCUCCAGAAAUUCACCAUCGCGAGAGACGCUGCUCCUGUGAAAACCUGAAGGACAAAGAAUGCGUGUACUUUUGCCACAUAGGAAUCGUCUGGGUCGAUACACCCAGUCAGGUCAUUCCCUAUGGUGUAGGUUCACUCCAAAUGCGGCUAAGAAGAGAUAUGGAACGAUGCCAAUGCGCACAUAGAAGAGACACAAAAUGUGUGCGGUUUUGCUCUUACUUGGAUCUCCAGCUAAAAGAUGAAAAUUCCUCAGUCAAAAGUUAUCAUCCCAGAAACUACAAAGAACGAUACAAGUCUAGAUUCUCCAAGAGACAGAGGAGGCACAAUCCAAUAGAAACCUGAGAGGACACAACUUGUAUAUUAUUACUAUUUGGGAAGCAAGCCUGGCCGUAUAUCUGAAUAUGUGUGCUGUGAAUGGUUUGCAAAGUAUAGUAUUAUACAUAUUGGGCUUGUCAUGAAAUGCUAGCAUCUCAAUAGUGAACAGUGACAGUGAAUAGGAGUGAUAUAUUAUCUAAAUGUCAGUAUUUUGCAAAAUACUGUAAAACCGGAUUGCUUCUAAUUGACGUGUAACAUACUAAAUCAUCUGAUGUUUCCAAUUGAAUACAUUUUGAAUAUUUAUUAAGGGCAACAGUGGUUUGUGGGCACUUUAGGUUUGACAUUAAACAUACGUUUUUUAUUGGGUAAAGAUCACUCUGUCAUUCAAGGUUCAGAGUUUUAAUAUCAUGUCUAGCUUUCUGUAAAUUAAAUUGUGGAUGUUUGUUUAUGAAUAAUAAAAAAUGCCUGUGUAUAUGUACAGAACUAGGACAAGCAGUUCACAUUUAUCAGUGGAUAUACAGUUUGAUUUUUCAAUCAAUUUGUAAUCUAAUGAAUGAGCUGAAUAUUUAUUGUAAUGUGAAAAGGCAAAUA